UGAAAGCAUCGAAUGCGCUUUUCUGUAUUGUCGGUGCAUUUGAGUCGUGUAUUGAGAGAGAAACUGAAUAACAAGAAAGAAAAAUGACUGAAAAUUUGUGUAAACUGAAAACACGAGCAUAAUUGAGUCAUUAAUCCUUCUUUUAGUAGUCUUUAUAGAAAAUUUCAAAGAAGUUCCUGGAAAGGUAAGCCUUUUUCUGAACGGCAUUGCUUCAUACGAGAAAUAUGGCAAGACUAACUAUCUACUUUGAAUUUGUCGUACUACUUCCACUGAUGAACUGUCAGCUAAUUUGCAACAAAACUAAAGAUCUUGAACUAACUACUACACUUUCAACUGAAUACUAUAGUGAUAACUAUAAAAAUGGCGGAUAUUCUCCAAAGACAACAACUUGUUGGAAACUUAUUGGAGAACCCGAAAAGCAUAUUAGGAUUUACAUUAAAAUGGAUAUUCAAAAAUCAAAAAACUGCGACAAAGAUUUCGUAGGUGUGUACUGGUUGAAUGACAAUAGAACUGAAGAGAUUCAUAGACCUUUAUGCGGAAAUGAAACUUCAAUACUUAAAUUAACAAAUAACCCAGUUCUUCUGGCUUUGGUAGCUAAUGAUGACGAAAUUACUGGUAGUGGAAUUGAAUUUAUAGCUGGAUUAAUAAAUGAAGCAGAUCCUUAUGAAAAUAAUCUGUUUUUUAAAUAUUUACCAGCUGCAUUAGCUGUAAUCAUCAUAAUCCCAAUAAUAUUUUGUAUUGCUUGUGGUGUUUGUUGUUUUUUUCUGUGUUACUACCUUUGUAAAAGAAUGUAAUGUGUAUUAUUUAACAAUUCAGCAAAAGCUAUAACACUGUGGUGAAUUUAACACUUAAUUUUAUCAUAGUUCAUUGUAAACUCUGUUCUAUACAUUGAUUUCUAUGGAUCAAAUCUCAAGGUAAAAUAACAAAAAUAUGAUUUAUAGAUCAAAACCAUAUGUAUCAACAAAGAGAUGGAUCCUUAAUAUUUUUAUUAUAUUCAAUUUUAUUGAAUAAAGAGAUUUU